CAAUGAGAGGAAAAUCCAAAGGCUGAAUCAUCAGUCUGCGUUUCCGCCAUUUCGCCCCAAUGGCGUUUCCCGAUUUAGUGCGGUGGUUGGUUCAGCAAUGCCGUAGCCACCCACAAUGUAUCUAUCUAGUCAUCUAGCUAGCUAGCUCGUUAGUUAGUUAGUUAGUUAGUUAGUUAACAAGCUAAUUUCACCAUGGUUUCCUGCUCCAGACGGCUGGAAAAGGCAGCUCUUGUGUUGCUGCUAUCAUCCUGCAUUGCUUUGGAGUGCUUGGAGGCGUUCUCGCCAUUGGCUGCUGUUCCUUCGAGAGCGUUCACUGGCAAUGCUUUCGUUCUCAGUCCCUUCAAUGACUUUGUCUCGCCAUCUGAUGCUUCGCCGAGAAGUUCAGUCAGCCGGCUGUACGCUUCCAAAAAGAAAAAGAAGAAGAACCGAAAAAGCGGGGAGGACAGCAGUGGCAAUGACGAUGGCAAACCAGUCAAAGCCAGUGGUAAGCGUGAAGCACCAGAAGAGAAGAAAAAAGACACAGUGUCGUCCGCUUCUGGCCCACCUCCAAAUGACGUGAAAUCAAAGAAGAAGGAGCCGGAAGACAAGCAGGCAAAACCAACUACUAGUCAGGAUGAAAAAGUUCCAUCGGAAUCUACUAAGAGUAAAGAGGAAGCAUCAGAAGAAUCAGAACUGGGAGUGACAGUCGAGGGUUCCAAGCAAACAGAAUCGACCAUCAAGGAUGGCGAUGAUCCAUCUGAGGAGCCAACAACAAAGGAGGAUUCGUCGGAGGUCGACAGUUCCAUGCCACCCGAUACAUCUUCUUCAAUUCCAGACGAUGUCAAUACUGACAGCAGUACCGACGAACCAUCCACAGCAACGAAUCCCAGCAAAAAGAAACGAGUUGUCGUCAUUGGAGCAGGAUGGGGUGGAUUGUCCACGGCACAUGCACUCGCCAAAGAAGAGAAUGUCCAAGUUACGCUAGUAGAGGCAUCGCCUCGAGUGGGUGGAUUGGUACGAGACGGAUUCACCACCACGUCGGGGGCUCGCCCUGCCGAAGCCGGACAGCAUGGAUUUUGGAACAACUACCAUAAUAUCUACCGCUUACUCCAGAAUGAAAUCCCGGGCAUUACCUUGGAGACGGCACUCACAGACUAUGCGGAACAAGGACAGUAUUCGCCAGACGGGUUGGAAGCAGUCUGGCCCAUUUACCGGGAUCAACCCAUCACUCUGCCCACGGGAUUGGCACAAGCGGCCUUUACGAAAUUCCUCAAAUUGCCACUGCUGGAUCGCAUCACGGCGUUCCCUCUCGUCUUGGCAUUUUCCGAGUUUGAUGACUCACCAGAAGCAUGGGAGAAAUACGAUCAAAUCUCUUUUCGGGACUUGUGUGUCAAGUUGGGAGUCUCCAAACGAUGCUACGAUGAAGCCUUUGAACCCAUGAUCCUCACGGGCUUGUUUGCACCGGGAGGCGAGUGCAGUGCCGCCGCGGCACUGGGAAUGGCCUACUUUUUCGUCUUGCAAAGUCAAACGGCGUUUGACGUACAGUGGUGUCGUGGCAACAUUGGGGAUGUCAUCUUUACUCCGUGGGUCAAAGAUCUGCAAGACAAGGGAGUGGAAAUCAAGACGUCCACUCAAGUCACUGGAUUUGCCAUUGACGACAAGACACAACAAAUCAGCCAUGUCAAGGUCAAGGACAAUGGUGAUGCAUCCACGAUAGAUGCGGAUGAUGUUGUGUUGGCCGUGGGAGCCAAAGCACUCAACAACUUUGUGCAGUACUGCCCAGAGUUGGCACAAUUUCCUGAUCUGGCUCGCUUUGCCAACUUGCGGGGCACAAGUGUCUUGGCCACUCGGGUCUUUCUCGAUAAGGACGUCAAGAUUCCUUACACGGCAAACGCCUGCUGGGGAUUUGAUGCUGCAAUCGGUAUGACUGUGUUCGACAUUAAGGGACUGCAUGGAGACAGUGCUUCUACCGUCGCAGGUGCUCCCGGUGCUGUGAUUGAAGUGGACUACUAUCAUGCCAACAAGCUCCUAGUGUUGAGUGAUGAUGAGAUUGUUGCCAAGGUGAAACGAGAUUUAGAUCGCAUCCUGGUUGACAGCCGAGGCGCUUCCGUGGUAGACGCGGCAGUGGUUAGACUCCCACAAGGCGUUAACUGGUACUUUCCAGGUUCGUACCAAGAUAUGCCUGACACUCGUUCCAGCGCAAUCAGCAAUCUGUAUUUUGCUGGAGACAUUGUCCGCUCUCGCCAUGGAAGCUGGUCGCAAGAAAAAGCCUUUGUCACCGGGAUUGAAGCAGCCAAUGCCAUCUUGGGCAAACCUCCCAAAGCCAACAUUCUCCCAGUGGCAGCGGAUGAGCUGCAUGUCCAGCUGGGUAAGAAGAUUGUGAAUUUGUCAAAGUCUCUGCUUGGAAGAGGGGAUCCCUGGAAGGCUCCUUCGUUGGUGGACUUUUUCUGGUAAAAAGCUGGGCAACUGGCUGCCCUUGCCAUGCCGUGGCCUUCUUUGUACAUACUCUAUGCAAGAUUGUUGGAAGCAAAGUGAUAGAAUCUUUUGGCUAGCUAAUCUUGAACGCGUUAUAGCUGUAUAUAGAUUUCUCUAGCUACG